AUGCAUUCUCGCUUCACGGGCCUCCGCGAUCGAUUGAAUCAAGAUCCAGGCCUGCCGCUCUCCAACCCGACAACUUCAUACUGGCAGCAACCGGAAUCGGAGCAAGUCGCCACGAUACAGUCGGCUUCUCUGCCUGGUGAGACGGAUGUUGUGAUUAUCGGAUCUGGCAUCACUGGUUGUAGCAUCGCGGAGCACCUGCUGUCCAACGAUGGGGAUGUCCGCGUUACGGUCCUCGAAGCGCGCAACAUCUGCUCUGGUGCUACAGGUCGAAAUGGCGGCAACAUCAAGGCCGUUCCAGAACAUAGCAUUGCAGAGCUGGGUGCAGAGAAAGCACGAGAUAUUGUGCAUUUCACUUUGGCGAACGUUGAGGCCUUGCUCAAGCUGAACGACGGACUAUCACCGGCUUUGCAGAAGGCUGGGGAAGUGCGGCGGGUAGAGACGAUGAAUGUGUUUACGACGCAAGCUGGAUUCGAUGAGUUUUCUGCGGCUGUUAGGGAGUUUGAUGAUGCGUACCCUGAGCUUCGGGGGCGUGGGCGGCUCGUUGAGAGGGAGGAGUUGGGAUCUAAACAUGGCAUACACAACGCAGUUGGGGGCUAUCUCGCCUCGGCUGGAGCUGGGUGGCCGUAUCGUUUGAUCACGGGCAUUUUUGCGGAACUGUUACAGCGACACUCCGACCGUUUCAGCAUCGAGGCGCAAACGCCGGUGCAGAAUAUAGACUCUACGAACGCCGGCGGCUACCUCAUACAAACAUCUCGCGGUCCGAUCAAAGCAAAGACGAUUAUCCACGCAACCAACGGCCACGCAGCGCACCUACUCCCUGGCCUUCGAGGUCCGCUGUUCCCCGUCAGAGGGCAGAUGACAACACAGAUGCCGACCGCAGUCUCCGAAAAGUAUGCCGGUGGGCGUUCAUGGAGCCUGACAUACGACCACGGCUUCGACUACGUGAUUCAGAGUCCUUCAUCAAACGAAAUAUUCGCUGGCGGUGGGCUUGGUCAAGCUUACGAGCGUGGUCUGGCGGAGAUAGGUAAUACCGACGACAGCGUGAACAGCGUGCUUGCGCUGGCGCAUAUGGGAGGGGCGAUGAAUGCUGUCUUCGGCAUUGAGCCUGAUAGAGCCAUGACUUCAGGAGUCAAGAGUGCCUGGACAGGCAUCAUGGGCUUCACAUCCGAUGGCCUGCCGCUGGUAGGUAGACUGCCGCAGGAAGCAACGAUGCGGCAAGGACAGGGUGAAUGGAUCUCUGCUGGCUUCAAUGGUUAUGGCAUGGUAAACGCCUGGCUAUGCGGGAAGCAUGUAGCAGAAUCUGUGCUUGACAAGGAGAAGCCAGAAUUCGUUCCAAAGGCGUACGAGGUGUCGCUGGAGCGAUUGAAGGGUAUGAGCGCCGAUGACGGGGCGAAUUAUUGGAUCGCAGCGCUGGGCUUGGACUAG